GAAUCAGUAUAUUGUUCAUUGUAUAAACUAAAAGAUAACCUAAGUAUGUCUGACAUAAGACUAUUCAAGAUCGUGUGUAAUUAGGCAUGAAAUUCUGGAGAUGAAUUACUGAUUUGCAUUUCCAAGUACCUGAUUCAACUUGACAAUCAGAAAAAAUGACUUCCGUACAGCAAUCAGUGGACUUAGUCCGACAAGAGAUUGUCAACAACAAUAUGCAAGUCAAAGCUAUUAUCCAAGAUAUCCAAAAUUGUACAGAGUCUAUGGAAUUACUGAAUGAAUUAAAUGCAAAGGGCAGAGCUAAGAUAGCGGCAUUAAGAUCUAGCAUUGAACGACUGCAAGGUUUGGCGUUCCAAGAGCACAGUAAUAAAAAAAAAUUGGAGCUCUAUACAGAAAUCGAUAGCCACAAAAGUCAGUUGACUAUUACUCUAGGCGCUUUUCGCAAUGCGAAUGUUGUGAGUGCCUGCGUUAUUGAUAGAAUGGCAAAGGAAGAACUGUUAGAAAUGCCAGAGGAUCAACAAAAUGCUUUACGUAAAAGACGAGAUAAGCAAACUCUCAUAAAAAUGUCUGGAGGUGUCACCGAUAAAUUAUUAAGCAUUUCUAGGCACCUGGCAGAAACUACACAGAAAAGUGCCCAUACUUUAGACACACUAAUCAUUUCAUCAGAUAAAGUAAGUGGGACAAAGGAUGAGCUCGAGCAUCAGCAGCAAGUCAUAGUUCAAUCGGGAAAGUUACUGGGAAAGUACGGUCGCCGUGAAGUUACCGACAAGGCUUUACUAGUUCUAGCAUUCGCUUUUUUUCUUGCCUGUGUUUUCUAUAUACUUCAAAAACGAUUAUUUUGAGUUACAUGACACAUGAUAAUAAAAAAAAAUUGCUUGAUUAAUUAUGAAAACACUUACCACAUUCCGUUGUGAAAUUUUAAUUAUGAGACACAAUUGUUUAAUUGUUAUAUUAAAUGUUUAUUUAAUUAC